CAGUCGUGUCGCAGUGCUUACGUAACAAUAUAUUAUUAUUAUUCUUACUUGCCUGACCGGUGUGUUGUUCAUUUAUAAAUCGCGGUCUACGUUUUUUCGUUCGUCCCUCGUCGAGUUACUCGUCUUUUCUGCUCGGUCUCUCUAAUUGGUUAAUCGCCACACGAUUGUAUACAUAUACAAAGGGUCGAUCAACAUAACACAUAUACAUAUCUCUCAACCUACUGUAUAAACACGCAAAGAAAUAUAAUACAAGUACACGCAAAAUACACGACGAACGCACGCGCCGCGCUCGCGAAAAACGCGCUUUACGUCUCCCGCGAAUCGCCGUUACCUGCCUCUUGUCUGCACACGUCGUCGCGCGGAUACAUCCGGAUCCGGAUCGUCGUCGGUCAACGUUGCCGUGCUCGUCCACCUCCGGUCGCAUGAUCGAUUGAUACGCAAUUAAUCAGCAUCGCCUGGUAUACGUGAUACACAGUACGUGAAGGAGAGGGAGAGAGAGAGAGAGAGCGGAUCGCACGUCGCUGCUGCAUGGGCUACUACCUGCCGCCGGUAGAUGAACAAGUGUCGUCGACGAACCACCACUGUAGAGCACGUUCUCUGGGUUCGGCCCUCCUCCACGGGCACGGUGUAUCGAUUGCUCUAAAAUAGACGCGUGGGAACACCUGCAGGCUACAUACACAUUCUACCUACAGCUCAGACUGUCUCGUUCUCUCUUUGGCCCUCUCUCUCUCUUACUUUCUCUUUGCAUUGGUAUAUCCUGACGCCCUUGCAGCGCGUGACAGGUGCAGCGAGAGUAACGGUAGCAGCACCGCGCUGUCGUAGGGCUGGAGGUGGAGGAGGUGGUGGCGGUGGAGGCGGAGGUGCAGGCGACGAAGAAGAAACGUAACAGGAAGCGGAAGAAGCGAAACGACGAAAAGGAAGAGAGAGAGAGAGGGUAGAACGGAAGAAAGUACAGCAGCAUACAUACGUACAUAUACGUGCGCGCGCGCGCUUGGGAACGGAAAGGAAAGGAGGGAAAGGUGGAGAAGGAGGAAGGAGGCGAAACGCCUGAGUUUCUCGCGAGAAAAGGGUUAUUUCCAGUGAUACGUCCUGGAGGCGCCUGUCGUCUUCGCCGGUACAACCAUAACGCCGCCCGCUUUAAAACGCCCGAGACGGGAUACGGUGGACUCAUCGCCGCCACCCGCUCGAACCGCAGCCCCCGGAAACCCCGGACCAUCCAGCAAACUCGCUUGCAUCAUGGACGCACCGCUCUCACAGAGUAUGGACUCCGUCAACACGGUGGCCACCGGUGAAGACGAGGUGCGCACCUUGUUCGUGAGCGGCCUGCCGAUGGACGCCAAGCCGAGGGAGCUCUAUCUGCUCUUCAGAGCAUACGAGGGGUACGAGGGGUCCCUGCUGAAAGUCACAAGCAAAAAUGGGAAAACAGCGUCGCCGGUGGGUUUCGUGACUUUUCACACGAGGGCCGGUGCAGAGGCGGCGAAACAGGAUCUUCAGCAGGGGGUUAGAUUCGAUCCUGAUAUGCCACAAACCAUACGUUUGGAAUUUGCAAAAAGUAACACAAAGGUUAGCAAACCCAAGCAACCAGCCGCUGCAGCAGCCACCUCGCACCCUGCUCUGAUGCACCCUCUAACUGGACACCUAGGGAGCCCAUUCUUCCCUGGUGGUCCUGAAUUGUGGCACCAUCCACUGGCAUACUCGACCGCUGGCGAAUUACCCGGCACGCUGCAACACGCGACGCUGGUGCAUCCGGCGUUACAUCCUCAGGUCCCCGCGCCCAUGUCUCUGCCGCAUCCAACAACGCUGACGUCGAUACACGCGACGCUGCCCCAUUUCCUUCCGUCGCCGGCACUGGCAUCGCCGGUUGGUUCACCCUCGUCCCAGCCGAACAUAGCAGUGAGCAACGCGCCCUGUUCCACCCUGUUCGUGGCGAACCUUGGCCAAUUCGUGUCUGAGCACGAGCUCAAGGAUAUCUUCAGCAGUUUUCCUGGUUUCUCCCGGCUUCGUAUGCACACGAAGGGAGGGUCGCCAGUGGCCUUUGUCGAAUACCAAGACGUUCGCUACGCGGCCCAGGCGAUGGCCACUCUCCAAGGAUCCUUUCUCCUCUCCUCCGACCGGGGAGCAAUACGAAUCGAAUAUGCAAAGUCAAAAAUGGCCGAGGUGGGCUUUACAAAUCUCUGGAUCGAAGGAUCAAAGAGAGAAGAAAACGGGCAACCUUAAGAUCGACAUCAACGGCAUGUAAGAGGAACGAGGGAAGACCGUGCGUGCUUACACCCCGGAAUGCAACGAUCGGCAAUCGGAUUCAGUGUUUUCGCAAUAGUAACGGGGAAAACGUCGACAGACGAGUAUUCCACGGCACCACGAUUCCGCGGCAGCUGGUUUCCAGAGCGAAUCGGCGACCAGUUGCUCGAGAAAUCGUUGCGAAGACGGAAGAACCAAGAUGGCGGCUGCAAGAUGGCCGCGGGGAAGAACCGGAGCGAAAGACGCGUAGGACGGCUAGGGGUGGGGAUGUAGGGAACAAAGAGGAAAGUAAAAAGCACGUAAACAGGAACGGAGAAAAGGAAAUAGAGAAACGGGAAAUAAGCAUUCGAGUACAUACACAAAGAGUAGUAAACAGACAAACACACACGCAGGAAGGAAAAGGGAGGAAAGAUGGGAAAGAUCAGGAAUUAACAAAGACGAGACAGGGGUGUCUGUGUGUAUGGUUCCAGCCUUGUCUCGCUUAAGCAGCACCACAGUAGGGAAGCGAAAAUUGAGGAAGAGAAAAAAAAAAGAAUUCUUAUAAAUUGCGCGGAGCAACGGCGUAUUUAGAUUCGCGACUCGCGCGGGGCCCAAAAUAAUCGCGUAUAUAUGAUAUUCCUAGGUAUAUAUAUUUUUUAACGACUUAACUUAUCGAUCUAUUUCGAUUAGCCGUGUACUACCUUGUCUAUUUAUUUUCCACCGAGUCUUGAUUGCGAUCAACGACGACGACGAAGCGAGAGACACGAAAAACAAAAAUAAAAAACAGAAAAAAAGUAAAAAAAAAAAAAAGAUGGAAGAACAAUGGAAGUACGAAGGAAAUGGAGGAAAAACGAGAGGGAUACACGAAGGAAAGAGACACAACAGAGACACACGAAAGACGGGAUGAAACGGCGGAAGAACCGCGUCGGUGUGAACUCGCGCGGGGCGUCGCGACGCUCGAACGAAUUUCCACGCCGAGGCGGUCACGCGUCGCGAUUUCGACGCCCGUGACACGAUUUCGUUUCGUACCACACGCAUACACGGACACAUCUGUGAAACGCAUACAUACAUAUAUACAUGUACACGCAUACCGAAAUUCAUAUAUACAUCAUACACAUAUACGUACCAUACGCGUAAGUACGUAGAUAUAUACGUAUUUACACAUACAUACGGAGAGAGGAGAAAAGCGUAAAGGCAGGAAGGCACUGUUGAAGUCACACGCGCACGCAUAUAUGUAAUACUUGUUCACACGUACACAGAGGAACACACAGAGUCCACAGUCGCGGAAGAUUCUUUUAGGAAAAUCGAGCCCCGCGCUGUUUUCCGACAAAUUGUUUUGGCAAGAGACGACACGCGUUGAAAAUUUAUCGUAGCACACGCGUGACGCUGUUAC